ACAACAAAAUAGAUUUUUAUAUGAUUCUAAUAGUGCAACCACAAUGAACACAACUCCUGCCACCCUAGAAACUUUUGCAACUGAAGAUCAAAUUUAUUUACAACAAAGAAAAUUCCAACUUGCACAACAAGUUUACAACAAUCAAACUAACAACCAGUUAGGAAGGUCCUUCUCGCAAUAUACUUCGAGUAAGGCCAAUCCUCAAUAUAUAUGUGGUGUCAUAACAGCUACAACCGGUCAACCAUGCAGACGUGCAGUAACUGCUGAAGGAGAAAG